GUUUGUGACCGCUUUAUUGUUGUUUAUACAAAUACAGAGUUGCAAUGCUUAAAGCGUGUCUGCGGCAACAGAUAGUUUAAAUGCGAGAUAUUUGCGCGCAGAAUCUGUGUGUUAAUGGAAAUUAAACGCAAGUUGCUGAACUUUUAUGCGUGGGUUUUACCUUUAACCCUCAGCAUGCUAACGUUGCUCUGCUAGAUGCAUCCUACUACGAUUAUAUUUCAACCAGUUGCUUCGUUGAGUGCGGGGCGGGCUGAUCCCAACAUGCAGUGUCCAACUUCUAAAUAUUCUUGGCUGGAUUUUGUUUUCACUAUCAUCGGCGUAUGCACAUUUUUGUUUGACGUGGGCUCGGAUCUGUGGGUGGCGAAGGAGUUUUACGUGCAUGGAAAUCUCACGUGGUUCGGAGUGUUGGUGGGAUUUAUGCUCGUAUCGUCUGUCAUCAUUCAGAUGUUUAGCUGGCUCUGGCUUCAGUAUGACCGUGAUUUGGAGGACUUUGAUUCUAAGACAUCAGCCGGGAAUCUGGUUUUGUUCUGCCACGUCGGCGGAGUGAAACAUGUGAAACUUGCGCUCUUCCUGCAUGUGUGUCAGUUGGGUUUCUUCGUCAGGCACAUGUCAGCUAUCUGGCAGGGCUUUCGUGUGUGGCGACAAGGGGGAACUGGAUCAGAAUAUGCGGUUUAUAUGACUCAUGACCUCAGCAUGCUUCGCCUCAUCGAGACCUUCUGUGAGAGCGCGCCUCAGCUCACCCUCAUGAUGUACAUCAUGCUGCGCUCAAACCACGCAAGGAUGGUCCAGUGUGUGAGUGCGGUCGCCUCCACAACUUCUAUAGCCUGGAUGGUGGUGGAUUAUCAUCGAUCGCUCCGUUCUUUUCUUCCUGACAAGGACAAACAGGGUUGGACGUCCUCGCUCGUCUACUUCCUCUGGAAUCUCUUUUUGAUUGGUCCACGUGUGGCAUCUGUCGCUCUCUUUGCCUCUGUUCUGCCCUGGCAUAUUGCGGUUCACUUCUUGUUGUUGUGGUCCGUCUUUGUCUUCUGGGCCUGGAGACAACGCACCGAUUUCAUGGACAGCGCUGUGGGGGAAUGGCUUUAUCGGGCCAUCAUAGGUCUCAUCUGGUACUUCAGCUGGUUUAAUGUGGCUGAAGGCCACACCAGAGGCAGAAGUAUCAUCUACCACUUGUUGAUGAUCGUAGACAGCGGCAUUCUUCUGGUCACGUGGUGGUGCUACCGAGAUCUGGAAAUGACCCGGUCGUACGCCCUUAUUCUUGUUAUUUCCGUUCCUCUUGCAUAUGUUCUGGGGUUACUUAUUAAAGUUCUCUACUAUAACUGCUUUCACCCCAAGCUGUGGCGACCGGUGGAUUCUGGGAAGGAUUUAGAUGAUGUAUCUGACGGUGUGCAACCAUUCAGCACCGUUCAGACUGACUCCGCUUCUUUUCACAUCUUGAACAAAAGGAUGGGCAGGCAUGCUGCUAACUUUUACACAAACCAGACAUCCUCUGCGUUUAAAACGAAUAGAAGUGAAGCAAGUAAUGCAUCAGUAUUGUGAAAACGAUUGGAAAGUCUGGACAUUUUGCCGUAUUAUAUUUGUGAAGGUUUGUACAAAAUGUUAAACUUAAAGUUAAGCCAGCCAACAUGCGUUUAGAAACAAAAGCUCAUUGAAAUGGAUGUUGUCAUACUCCGUUGUCUUAUUCUUUCAUGAUGACUGACUUUGGGUUGUUCACAUUGCUUUUUUGUCAAAGUGAAAGUACACAGUGACCAGGGCUGUCACAAAGCUACAAAAAAGCUAAAGUUGUCAUUAACACUACUCAUACGCGACAGUAGGUUCGUAUCUUCUAAAGCCAUACAAUGAAUUUGUGUGAGAAAUAGAAAGUUCACAUGCAGGGAUUAGAUUUUAAAAAGUAUGUUUUGCUCUUUUUCAUCGGUUUCUCGGGUAAAUAUCUUAUUAAUGUCUUUAUAGGUGGUUGUUUCUCUUUCCAGCUUGGCAUCCGCUGGUCUAUAUACUGUAUGCCUUUGUUGAAUAGAAAAUAGAAAAUCCCAGAAAGAAAAUUCCAUGGAAGAAAAGCAGGUUUGAACCUAUUGACAUGAGGGUGGGGAAAUUACGGCAGUAAUUAUAGGUAAAGUGUUAUUUUAAGAGCAUUUGAAUUGUUAAAGAGGAAAUUGACAGUGUACACCAUAAUAGUGUAAUCGCUGUUUAUUACUGUUUUUGGUAUUUUAUGAAAUACAAACAUGUGAGCAUCUAUAAAUUAACAUAUCAACCUCAGUCACGUGGCCAAAGCUUUAUUUUUUUGCACAGAAUGGUAUUUAUGUGUUGAGUUUUAUGUGUUUUUGUUGUUUUCCUGUUUUGUCAAAAAGUCCUUUAUAAAAUGCUAAUGGGUUUUCUGUCAUAAUGUAAAACCAAUCCAAAUGAGGUCAUGCAUUUCAUUAUUAGGCUACUUGUUUGUUUUGACAGGGGCGUGUUUUGUCAUUAUGUCAAAGGUCAAGCUUCUGUAAACACUAUGACACACAAUGUAUAUUAAUGUCAGUGUUAUAUUUGUAAUGACUUGAAAACUCCCAGAGAUAAUCCAUAUUGGAUUCCAUAUUGAAUAUGGAAUGAAGAACACUGAAGUGUGAACGCAUUUACAAAUAAGGUACAUUGUUCUCUUACAUGUUACAUAGGUUUUCCACCAUACAGUACCAUUGUUUGGUCCAUUAUUUUCAGUACAUUUAUAAUUAUGUUAUUUUAAUAUUUAUGUAACGCAAUAUUAGUUUUUCCUUGCAGCAAUGUUAACCUUGUUUCUUAUACAAUACUUUUUGUCUGUGGCUGUGGUUUCCUGCCAACUAGAUGUCAUACAGUAGUCUCAUCUAUUUAGUCUCAUGCGCAUGGUAAAACGGCUUGUUUUCUUAAUCUUGUGUGUGCUUAUCGUGCUGUGACAUGCGAGUUAUGAUUUAAUGUUACUCUUCUGCAGUGUUUUGUAUUUUAUAUAUAAAUCUGUUUUCAGCCAGA